UGUAACCUCAUAAUAAAAAAUUCCUACUUCCGAUUUUAAAAUCGAAAGUGAGCGAUGAAAUCAAAGAAUAAAUUUUGAAAACUAGGGUAAACUACAUUAUGGCAGAAAGGAGCAAAACAACUGAUGAUCCCCCUGAUCCCCCUGUUGUGGGCAAUGAUGAGGGAAUUGAUCCUCAAACACUGGAGAUUGCUCGCAUUUUACGGUCACUGGCUGACGAGAUUACAGAGGAAAAAAGUAUGCCAUUGCUAAAAGAAAUAAUCACAAAAAUUGCCCAUGAGUCAGUCCAUGAUAGAAAUUACAAUGUUUUGACAGAUUAUAUGAGGCGCUUUGUCAAUGUUCUUGGCUUUAGUGUACAGUUUUCAGUUAGUAAGACCAAAGAGAUCAUUAAAAUCCUGCUUGUUAUCUGGAAUCAACAAAAUGUCGCUAGGUAUGUGAUGAAGGAAGUUUACAAUGAGGAUAUUGGUGCUGCUGAAAAACCAAUUGACCCAGAUAUGUUGGAUAAGAUCCCAAAUGCUGUGAAACAGUUGGAUGACAAAGGCAUUAAGCUUUUUUUUAAAGCAUUACAAGAUGGAGAGGAAGAAGUUAAGAAUAUACGCCUGAUGGUUGUUGGCAUGUUUGGUGUGGGGAAGACUUCACUUGUGAACAAUCUGAUUAAAGACUUUAGAGAUAAAAACAUCACACCGUUAAGCACCGAUGGUAUCGAUCUCCACAGGUGCCAAGUGAUGGAAGAUGGUGAUUGGUGUUUGGAUAAGGAACACAGGUCACAGAAAUAUAUAAAAAGGUUGGAAAGUGUUUUCGACAAAAUGCCAGUGAACACUUAUGCAGCAACUGCUUCUAUUGAUGACACUGAUAGCCUAGAUGGUUCACAUGUAGAAGACAAAGUAGAUGCUUUACCAACUGAAAAUCAAAUACAUACUGAACCAGUGCAAAGGAGGAACAAUGUUGAACAGCAUGAACAAGAUUUUGUACAAAUGUGCUCACCUUUGGUAGAAAAGAUGCAGAAUGACACCAACCAUAAACCAUCAAAGGACAUCAAAGUUUCUUUAGAAAAAACAGAAAAAGAGAUCACUGUGUCUGUUUGGGAUUUUGCAGGCCAGACACUGUACUAUUCAACUCACCAGUUCUUCUUGAAUAAAAGGUCAAUCUACUUAGUGCUGAUGGACAUGACAAAACCUUUGGAUGAAGAUUUAAAAGAGUUGGAUGGUAGCGGAAUUUGGUGUGGUUUAGUUAAUGACUGUACGUAUUUGAAUGUAUUUAAGUUUUGGUUGAAUGCAAUCCACAUGUGCAGUGGUUAUAAGUCAACAACAGGGGAAAUAAAACCAACUGUCAUCUUAGUUGGAACUCGAAAAGACAAAAUGGAGGGAACUGAUAAAGAAAAAGAAAACAAAAAGGAUGAAUACUUUAAUAAAGCACUAAAGUCCUUUGAAAGAGAUUCACCAAUAUUUAAACACAUUCACAAGAAAACAUUCUUAGUGAGCAAUCUAUCUCCAACUGAUCCUGAUUUUGUUGAAAUGAGAAAGGAAAUCAAAUGUUUGGCUGAGAAGCAAGAAUACUGGGGAACAGAUAAGUAUCCAGUUCGAUGGAUUCAUAUGGAACAUUCUCUGGACAAACUGAGAGAUGAUGGAGAGCAAUUAGUACACAUGGAUAAGAUUGAAGAAGUAAAUCGUUCCAAAAAGCCCCAACUUGUUCUUUCUAAACAAGAAUUGUCAUUGUUUCUGGAAUUACAACACAUGCAAGGCAAUAUCCUUUAUUUCAAAACAUCUGAACUGGAGCACCUGGUUGUUCUUGCUCCCCAAUGGAUCAUUGACGCCUUCAAGUGUUUUGUCACACAAUUCAAUAAAAUACAACCCCAAGUCCUUAAAGAUUGGGAAGACUAUGAGAAGCUUGCAAUUCUUAAACCACAAGUUAUCGAUGAAAUUAUGAACAACAGCCCUCCUCACAUAAAAGAAUACAAAGAUGAUGUCAUUAAGUAUAUGGAACAUCUAAACGUUAUGGCAAAGCCAAAAGCAACAGAACUAAACAAAUGUGGACACGAUGAAACGGAUGCCAUUUUAGGUAACAAUGACGAAUUGCUUGAUUUUCACAUUGUUCCUUGUCGACUGAAAAAUGCACCGCCUCCCAUAGAGACAUUCACUUCACCCGAUUGCAAACGAUUCAAACGAACCCCAGUUUUAGCGUUUGUUUUUUGCGAAAAGUUUAUGCCUCCAUCUUUCUUCCAUAGGCUUGUUGCUGUAUGCAUCGGCGCUUGGCAAAUCAAAAAAGAAGGAAACAAAGAUCGCAUGUACAACGGAUUGGCUAUUUUUGCCAUUCGCCCAACAUACACUUUAACCAUCUGGUAUAACGACUACAUCAUUUAUGCAAGGAUAGCAUGUUGUACAAAGAAGCUUACAUCUGAUAUUGACACCAAUCUUUGUCAAGAAGUUCGACACAAACUUCGUCAGAGUUUGCAAGAUUUUGUUGGCCAUUCUGUAGAGACACCACGAACUGGUACAGCAUUUGAUAUGUAUAUUCAAUGUCCAUCUAUGACAAUCUGUGAGCACAAUAAAGGAAUGCUGAGAGUGGCACAGUUCAACUACGAGAGUGAAUUAGACUGUGAUGCAUGUAGUGAAAGUCAUCCAGUUGAAAGAUCAGAGGCUAUGCAUUAUUGGUUCAAAAACGAACUGGAUUUAGCAAACAAAUGUGAUAGCGAUGAUUUAAACCAACAAGCUGAAGAAAAACAUCUAUCAAAAGUUGCCAGACUUAUUGGUAUUAAAGAAUGCUGGAUGCUUGGCAUUGAACUUAAGUUAAGCAAUGUGGAGUUGAACCAGAUGUAUGCUGACCCUGCUUGUAUGAACAAUAGGUAUGAAUUUGUUUUCAAGUACCUUGUUAAAUGGAGGAACAGAAAAGGAGAGAAGGCAACGCUUCGAAAACUUAAUAGGGCUAUAAACGCUGCACGUUUGUAUUCUUAUGUGGAAUCUACGCCGGUCUUUUAGAGAGUACUUACGUAAUUGAUUCUCUCAGAAUUUAGCUUUUUGACCUUUUUAAUCAACAACUCAAGUAAUAAUAAUAAUGUCAUAAUUAAAAAAAGUGUGAUUAAAAGGUAUAACCAUCUAUGGUAUACACAAUUGUAUUUUUAUGCCCCCGGAUCGAAUGAUCGGGGGUAUCUUGUUUUUGGCCUGUUUGUCUGUGUAUCUGUGUGUCUGUCACUAAACUUUACCCUUGGUCAUUACUUUUGCAUAUUGAAGAUAGCAACUUGAUAUUUGGCAUGCAUUUGUAUAUAAUGGAGCUGCAAAUUUUGAGUGGUGAAAGUUCAAGGUCAUCCUUCAAGGUCAAAGGUCAAAUAUAUAGCUUCAAUGCUGCACAAUAGGGGGCAUUGUGUUUCUGAAAAACACAUCUCUUGUUUUCAUUUUGUUCGAUGAAUCACAGGGGUUUUUAUCUGAUUUUGGGGAAAGGGCCUGGCCUUUUUUUAGGGGAAAAAAAUCGCGCAAAAUGCCGGAUUUGGGGGGAAAAAAUCGCGCAAAACGCCGGAUUUUGGGGAAAAUAAGGAAAGUCUUAAAUAAUCAAUUCAACAUAUUUUGCUGUUUUUAAAACAAAAUCAAGGCAACAGAUAAUUUAAUUAUGCAAUAUGUUAUAUUUUCUACACUGGAUCAGAUUAACUUAUGUAUUUAAAGUUUAAAAAAAAAAAAAAAAAAAAAAAAAUUUUUUUUUUUUAAGGGGAAAAAAUGAAGUCUGGGGGAAAAUUUACCUGCUGAGGGGAAAAAAAUCUGAGGGGAAAGGGCCGAUUUUCGGCGGGUCCCAAAGAAGGAAAAAAGCCCUGAAUCAUGUAAUCAGUAAAUAAAUGGAAUGAGGUGUCUAUGUGUAUAUGCCUCCUCGAAGCAAGCUGCAUAUAACACACACACUGUCAGUCUUUAAGAGUGUCUGGAUGAUUUGAAAUAUCUGGACACAAAUGUAAUACCCGUCUCUCAACCUCAAAAGCCAUGGCCACAUUAAGACAAAAAGUCGUGUUUUGCCAUAAAAUAAAUUCCUGUCUUAUCCUUAACUUAGCCAUAUAUGGAUGUAUUUUAAAACACAUUGUAAGCUACCAUAAAACAACGUGUCACACGUAACCACCGUCUCCCAGCUGCGAAGGUCAAUGUCACACUUGAAAGUCAAAAGCACAAUUCUGCCAUAAAACAGCUUGUCAAUAGUGUGACUUUGUCAUUAAACUGUUAAUUGCUACAUAAUGUAAGAUGCCACAUAUGACAAUUACCAGGUGUCGUAAAUCAAAGGUCAAUUUCUCACUUGGCUGUCAAAAGUUAUAUUUGGGCAUUAAACAGUUCAUGUUUGACGUAAGUGUAGUUUUGAGACAAAAAUUAAAUAUUGGGACAAUUUUGCCCUUUGGACAAAAGAUAUGUUAACAUUUUAAGUUGUUUGUUGGAUAGCUCUUAUUAAUAAAAAUACAUGUAUUUAAGUGUGAAUGAUGUAGUAUAUUGUAAUUUGCAGACUUUGUUCUCAUGUAAAGGUAUUUAGGUUGGACAGUUUAGAAUAGCUUGUUUCCAUUUCUAUUUUAGCUCGACUAUUAUAUAUGAAAUUUACAUGGAGCUAUCCUACUCUCCCAAGUGUCGGCCUGAGCGUGAGUGUUGGAAUGUUAAAGUGUGCGUACCACCUCAAAUCUUUUCUAUGUCCCUUGACAUAUUGCUUUCAUAUUUUGCAUACUUCUUUACCAACAUGACCCCGAUCUAUAAACAAGAGCAGACAACUGUAUCAAGCAUUUUGUAUGAAUAAUGGACAUUUUUCCACUUAAAAUAUGCAUAUUAUUGAUAAAUUUAUGUUAAAGUUUGCGUACCACCUCAAAUAAAUAUUUUCUAUGUCCCUUGACAUAUUGCUUUCAUGUUUUGCUUACUUUUUUACCAACAUGACCUUAAUCUAUAAACAAGAUAAGACAACUGUAUCAAGCAUUUUGUAAGAAUUAUGUUCCCUUUUUAAACUUAGAAAAUUGAUAAUUUGGUUAAGUUUUGUGUUUAGGUCCACUUUAUUCCUCAAGUAUCAAAGCUAUUGCUUUCAUACUUGCAACACGUACUAACUAUAAUAAGGGGACUGUGCAGGCAAAGUAAUGUAACUCUGACUGGCAUUUUGACAUAAUUAUGGCCCCUUUUAUAUUAAGAAAAUUGAAAAUUUGAUUAAGUUUUCUGUUUUAGUCCAUUUAACUCCUAAAGUAUAGCUAUUGCUUUCAGAAUUGGAACACUCGCUAACUAUCAUAAGGGAACUGUACAGGAAAAAAUGAAUAACUCUGGUUGGCAUUUUGACGGAACGAUGGCCCUUUUUUGACUUAGUAACUUUGAAUAUUUUGUUAAAUUUUGUGUUUAUAUCCAUUUUACUUCUUAAGUAUAAAGGCUAUUGCUUUCAAACUGAUAAUACUUUCUUAUAAUCAUGAGGGUACUGUACCUGGCAAGUUGACUUUGACCUUGACCUUUGAAUAACCUUGACUAUCUUGGUCAAAUUAUUAAAUUUUGCUAAAAUUGCUAAAAUUGCCAUAACUUCUUUAUUAAUGAUCAGAUUUGAUUCAUACUUUGACAAAACAACACUUACCUGACUUAUCACAAUGGACUCCACCCAAAGCAUCACCCACUCCCCACCCCAGAAUCCCCCCCCAAAUUAAUGAUCACACCCCACAUGAUACCCCCCUCGCACCCCCCACCCCACCCCCACCU